AUGCGCAUGGAGGGGAUGCUUGUACGCAUGCGCAGUGCGGCUGCCAUGGAACGCCCUGUAGCUGUCUCCAGCUUCCGGUAUAGCCGCGUGACAGGUUCGGAGAGAGCUCUCUGCUGCCCGGCGGGGAGAGGGGGGCGAGACCCGGAAGUGGCCCGGAGCGAGGACUCACCGAUUCCCAGGCCGGAGUUCGGUAAGUGAUUUCGGUGCAGCGGAUAUGACAGAAUAUGGGGCCUGUCACUGAGCCGGACACACCCUGCUAACCCAGCAAUACUGAGAGUAUACAGCCAGGGGGGGCCAUACUGACAGUAUACAGCCAGGGGCCAUACUGACAGUAUACAGCCAGCCAUAUGACAGUAUACAGCCAGAGCCAUACUGACAGUAUACAGCCAGGGGCCAUACUGACAGUAUACAGCCAGGGCCAUACUGACAGUACAGUACGGCAGCCAGGGGCCAUACUGACAGUAUACAGCCAGAGGCCAUACGACAGUAUACAGCCAGCCAUUAUACAGCUGACAGUAUACAGCCAGAGCCAUACUGAUAUACAGCCAGAGCCAUACGACAGUAUACAGCCAGUACUGACAGUAUACAGAGCCAUACUGACAGUAUACAGCCAGAGCAUACACUGAAGUACUGACAGUAUACGGCAGUAUACAGCAACCAGAGCUACUGGUAUCAGCCAGCCAGCCAGGGCCGCUUACGGCAGUAUACAGCCAGAAGCCAUACUCAGCCACCAUAUACAGCAGGGCCAUACGGCCUACUGACAGUAUACAGCCAGGCCCUGACAGUAUACAGCCAGAAGCAUACGGCAGUAUACAGCCAGGGGCCAUACUGACAGUAUACAGCCGACCAGAUAGUAUACAGCCAGAGCAUACAGUAUACAGCCAGGCCACCUGACAGUAUACAGCCAGGGGCCAUACGGCAGUAUACAGCCAGAAGACAGUAUACAGCCAGCCAUACUGACAGUAUACAGUACUGACAGUAUACAGCGAGGCCAUACUGACAGUACCACAGGCCAUACUGACAGUAUACAGUACUGACGUAUACAGCGACAUACUGACAGUAUACAGUGACGGGGCCCCAUACUGACAGUAUACAGCGAGGCCAUACUGACAGUAUACUACGAGUACCGGAUAGGGAUACUGACAGUAUACAGCCAGUAUAUACUGAGGUGCAGCCAGGUACAGCAGCACUACACUACUGACAGUAUACAGCCAGUAUAUACAGAGGGGUGUAUACAUUUAGCCAGGGGCAUACUAACAGUAUACAGCCGGGUGAUCAUACUAACAAUCCAUACAGCUAGGGGGGGUCAUACUAAGAGAUACUUACACCACUGCCCAUCACUUACCUACACUGCUUUGUGAAUGCUCACUAUGUAUCCCUUUUGGGACUUCUUAAUACUAAAUUAGUGUCUUAAGAGUUUUUGAGUGACCUGUUGGAGAUAGUCAAUUAGGCAAGAUUUAGAACAAUCAGAAUAUUUGAAUUGGUACUGUAACAUAAAAUACUGCUUUUGUGUGCAGUAACCCCUUCUCUGCUGGGCUGCCAGAGGAGGAGGGUUGUCAGGGAGGACAGACUGAGCAUAGCGCAGGGAUGGCAUGGAGAACUCCAUCUGCUAUUGGGGUCUGUUUACCAGUGAAUUGUAGUAAUUUGCAUGGGUCAAUAUUCUUUAACUUUGCAUCUUGGAUGACUGUGUGUUACAUUCACAGCUGAUCAGUCCGAAAAUGUGUAGGUCUACCUCUGUUUGUUCCCACUGUGUUGAUGGAAAGGUGAAAACCUAAUAUGGGAAUUCAUUUUUAUAAUUAAAUUGCAAACAUGUCUGUGCUGCUGAUUAGUCGCAGUUUGACAGACCUCAGAGAGAAUAACUGACUUUAUGCAUAUAAGCUGCCUUGAUUAGUGCUUUUACGAGCACUAAAUCGUCUCCUUGUGUACUCAUGAAAAUAACUAUUGGAACCAUUUCCAACCCUAUUGGUGCAGCUCCUUGCAGCACUUUUGAGGUCUACCUGCGGCUCGCAGGGUGGUUCGGGUGUGCAGGAGAUAGCCAAUUCUUCUACCUGGAUUUCCUUGAUUUCCUGGAGUGCCGUAAUACCUGCUACCUCUCGCCAGUGAGGGAUAUCUGAGUACUUAAUGGUGGUGUUGCGGAGAUCCCUGAUCAACUCUGGUGUUACACACUCACCAAGGUGGUGGAUGCCUUGUGUUUCUUCAAAAUUGGUGGCUUACUAUCUUCUUCUCUGGAGAGGUUUGAUGCGCCAUUUGUUGCUUUUUUGCUAAAGCUCGACAGUGGUCGACGUCCUUCCAUAAACAGAGAUACUGGGACACAAGUGUCCACCAACCCGCGCAGGCUCAGGACCCCUUGCAGAGAUAAAAGGCCUUUGCUGCUCAGUGUGUCAUGCUGACAUCAAGAGGUCCUGUCUUGGGGGGCGGGGCCUGACCAGCAUUGCAAACGGUCGUACAUAGCUUGAGUUCUAGGAGAACACUUGACAAUAUAGGCCGUUUUGUUGGCUCUUUCACCACAAAUUUGGCUUUACAUGACCCUGCUAACUCACAGCACACCUGGAACUCUCUCAGCAUGUUUUGAAGCCGACAUUGCUACAGCUGCUGGACAGCAUCAUCUUGCAUCCUAACUGCGGCUUGACUGUACGGAGGUGGCCAAUCCCUCAGCACAAGUUUCCGUUGGACCCGCGGUGGACUGCUCGAUCUUCCCGGGAGGCGAUGGGACCAGUGUCCACCUCCUCUUGACCCCUCCAUCGGAGAAGAGGACUGUCCCAAGACAAGCAGGCUCCUACACACCUCUACAGAGAUCCUGCGGACUCUCUCUAAGGGACACCCGUAGCCAGUACCCAUCAGGAUCCCCUGCCACACCACUGGAGAUGCAGAGGCAUUGGCUGAGCGACUCACUUAAGCUAGGGUCCCUCACCUUCACUGCAUUAUCUGCGUCUUCCACUCCACACCUGCAAGAGAGUAGAUCCCAUCAGCAUGAAGAAGAAUAGGAUCCAAAAAGCGACUAAAGAUCUGACCUGUCAGCCUGCACCUAUGUUCUGUGCCAUGCAGUAUGCCAUGGUCCUGAUCUAUGUUGCCUGUAUAUCCUCUGUUUGUUACAGCUGUAGUGGAGUACCAAGCGUGCAUGUUAACACUUGCACAAUAAAAUAAAGAUUUUUUUUUUUUUUUCAAAUGUCCCGUCUUUACCCUUCUCUAGGCAAUGGUCUUCCAGAGGGGAUCCCCCACUGCAUCGCCGAAGCACUAGUACGAGCCAUGAAAAUAAGAAGGGGACAUAGUACAGCGCUACAGAAUCUGAUGGCGCUAUAUAAAUAAUAAAAUAAUAGGCUUUGCUUGGAAACCAGAUGCCGCUUUAAAACCAUCUAUACCAGCGGUUGCUGGGGAUAGUUACACACUGCGGAAUAGACUAGUGCUAUUGCCAGUUUUGCUGCCUGGAAGCCAGCCAGUGGUAUACCUCAUGUGCAUUUGGGACGUGACUUAUUAAAGGUGUUUGCCUUCGUUCUUAAUGAAGAUUUACGCUAGUCGCUUUCUGACAUUUUAAGGCUGAUCAGUGUCCCUUGCAACUCCUCUCGCAUUGCAAGUUUUCCAUAGGUAUGUGUGUUCUGUGUUAAACGCUCUCCUUACCUUGGAGACACGACAAGUGAUACUUGUGUAUGUUGUUGAGCUUGGGAAUGUCCAGAACACUAUUUACUACUAUUUGUUAUAAUUUUUAAAUGUGGUAUUUGUGUUUAAGAGUAUAUGUUAACUGUAUGAUAAUAUCCUUACAAAACUGUCUGUAAAAUCUUUGUGAAGCGCUUAAUUCUCUUAUAAUUUUAAAAGGUGGUAAUUGUCGUUGGGCAGGUUGGCAAAAAAGUCUUAAGAUGUUUAUAAAAUGAUCUAAAAUAAAGAAAACUCUCCCCAACCCUUAAGGGGACACUCCAGGCACCCAGACCACUUCUGCCCAUUGGAGUGGUCUGGGUGCAAACUCCCACUACCCUUAACCCUGCAACUGUAAAUAUUGCAGUUUUCAUAAAAACUGCAAUGUUCUCAUGCUAUGUGAGGACCUCCAGCGUCGCUAAAAUCCCCAUAGGAAAGCAUUGAGGCAUUGCCGCGCAUGCGCAAUCAGGUCUCAUCCCGGCAGCCGCGCAUGCGCAAUCGGUCGGAGGAGCGUGGGCAGACCCUAAACCACCGCCGAGGGACAUUGGCGGUGGUCUCGGGUAAGUCGCUCAAGGGGUUUUUACCCCUUCAGCAACAUGGGAUGGGGGGUGGGAGGGAGAGGAGACCUUGUUGUGUAGAGUGCCCUUUUAUCUUUAGAAGUUGUUCAAUGGUGUAAACUUUGUGUUUUAAACCAUUUUAUUAGUUUAAUAAUGUUGAUUGUCUGCUGCUACUUUUAUGACUUUUUAUUGCUGUACUGACUGUAAAGGCAAAGUGUUUGAUCAGCUAGUAACAGCAAAUUAUUAACUCACUGUUUUAAUUAUAAUAUAGAAUACGUUUUCACCCACAUUGCAAAAGUCUGGUAACGCGGCCAAACCGGAUAAACAAAUCCAACUUGGCUUUUACUAAAAUAAAAUAAAAAAUCCUAAUUUGGUUUUAAAGGAACACUAUAUUGUUAGAAAUUCAAAACUGUCCUAAAACUGUAUUCCUAACACUAUAAUGUCCCUCUGACCCCAUGGGGCUCCUUGGAUGGAUUGCCCUGCCUGGAUCUGCCUUGCCUUGGUUUAGAUCUCGUUUACUCAGCCCAAAUCCCAACAGGUAUUGCUAGACUGAAUACCUCAGGCAUCAAACAGAUAUAUCCAGUAAGUAACAGUGAAACAACUGCCAAAUAUCUAAAACUUCUAGUCAAACAUGCAAUAAAUGUAGUCCCUUGCAGACACACUGCCUCUUUAAUCAGGGACUCGUAAAACUGCUGCUUAUAUUCUCCAUAAGCUUCUCCUACUACGUCCUAUUAAAACCACAUAAUACAGAUUGAGAACCUCUGUGUGUUGUGCGCUCAAAGCUACAAGGAUGCUGCAUUUUCUUAAUCUCAAGAGCUGCUGGACCUUUUUAAACUUAAACUGGUCCGAAGUAAUGUGCAUGCAUUGAAUCCAUGCUUUCCUAUGUGGAAUUUGAAGUAGUUAGAUGUCCUCAUGCAAAACGUGCGGACAUCCAACGUCCUUUCUUCUGUUAAGGAGCAGAUAGGGUCUCAAGUGGCUGGAAGACAGCACCUGGAGGUGGAAUUAAAGGGAUACUAUAGUACUCGCUCCCCCAUCCCCCACCGCUUGUCACUUAUCGAUGUGCCUUGUUGAGGGUUCAGGCUACGCUUCUGCACUCGCAUUGGUACGUCCCCUAUUGCAGGGCUGCCCAACAGGUAGGUCCCCAGAUGUUGUAGAACUACAACUCCUAUGAUGCAUGCCUCUAAAAUGCUUUUAGAAUGACAAAGCAUCAUGGGAAUUGUAGUUCUACAUCUGGGGAUCUACCUGUUGGACAGCCCUGCCCUAAAGGAAAUCAUUGUAUAAUGCUUUCCUACAGGGUUUUGGAUGACGCUGGAUGUUCUCACGCAGAGCAUUAGGACGGCAGACAACCAAAAAUCACCUAACCACCCGGAAGUCUGGUAGACAGGCACUGGUGGUGGAUUUAACCCUGCAAAGUAAUUAUUUCAGUCUUUCAAAAACUGCAAUAAUUACAAUUGCAGGGUUAAGGGGCUUAAUGAGAUUUUUGAAACAUAAAAUCGGGAUCUUCUAUAAAUUGGAUAACAGAAAAGCAGCCAAUGUCAUAGACACCUUCAGUGUUGCACAAUUUCAAGUCCUAAAAGUACUCUCUUCUUCACAUAUUGUUAAUAUUAAAGGAACACAUUAUAGGGUCACAAACAUGUAUUCCUGACCCUAUAGUGUUAAAAACACUUAGGAGGCCGACCCCCCUUUAAAUAGGAUAGAAGCUCACCAUUAUUCCAGCACUGCUGGCCCCGUCCCGAUAUACCUACUUGACUGAGAUCAUCAUAAUUGACAAUCUCAGCCAAUCCAAUGCUUGAAAGGCAGUGUUUACAUGAAAAGGCCUACAAGCACAGGCAAUAGACGACAGAAUAACUACAUUAAGCUGUAGGUUUUUUUGGCGACUUUAGUGCCCAUUUUAUAAGAAUCAAUGGUCCCACACUAAACCGGUCCUGAUGAAUGCUUCCACUAAACUGAGCCUGAUCUCUUAAACCACUGCUGGACAUUUGUUGAACACGACUAUUGAAAUAAAAAAGGGGGGAGGAGGGGGUGGUCUGGGAAGAUUCUCCUCCAGACAUGGCUUGGCUAUAAAUCCUGAUGUUUUUCAGUAAACACAAUAACUUUAAAACUGAAUUUAACUUCAGCCUGAGAGCAUUUCCCCUCGAUAACAUUUGAGCUUGUUUGCAUGAAAUGCCUUUUCGUGUCAUUUGAUGGCGACACUGGUCGUGCUGUGGUGGUCAUUAGAUUUUUAUUUCCCACGAUCUGUUCCUAUUUAAAUGCAGGCGCUGUUCAAGCUGGUAGAGAUAUGCAAUCAUGUUUGAAUCACAGGUUUAUCAAGUCACCAUUUACCGUAUGGGCUUAGCCCUUACUUUGAAAUAUGUGUGCGCCUGCAUGCUUUAACCUGUGUAAAUGAAUCACGAUUGUUUGUUUGCACAGGGCUGCAGAAUAUACUGGCAUGUGAUGAUUAAGCAAUUAAUCCGGAUAAUAUUAAAUGUACACAGAUGCCACUAAAUCAGAUACAUCUGAUUUACUUAGAAUUCUAAAUCUAACUUUGUCAGUAAUUUUUUUUUUUUUUAACCUAAUCAUUAAAAUACUCAGGAAGGAGAGGGUCAGUUGCAGCUUGGUGAUGAAAGAUGUGUUAGGCUGUUCUGCAGAUAGCAAAAGGAAAGUAUCUACGUCAUGGGAAGGGAAUGUUGGGGUUUCUUCUGUUCCAAUUGGAAGUGUGUUCGGAAAUUCCGAUUGAAUGACAUUGGUCUUUGUCAAACAUCUCUAUGUUCCGGACUGCAUUAGCACAUUAAAACCGUGCAGCAAACCUUAGCGUCCCAUGCUCUUGUAAGUAUCCUAUUUUCUUUUACCGUUUUCUUAUUGUGAAUAGAAGGAUAGAUGAUGUAUUUUUCUGAUAAAUAGCAGUCAUUGUUUGAAGGUUAAUCAUGCUGUCUUUGUGUGGAUCAUAUCUUUAAUACUAAUACAAGUCUACAGGGUAAUGAGUCGUAUCAGACGCAAAUCUGAGAGCGCGGUCUAACUGACAGCAGUAACUGUAAUGUUGUUUAUUUGUCUGUUACUUGGUUCUGUUAUUAUGUAAUCCUAAUUUAGCAGGUUCAUUCACUGAAAUGGAAAUUAACUGGGGCUUAUGCAAGUUUCAGGACAAAAUAUCCAAAUUGAAAGAUUUAUCCAACCCAACUAUUUAUCAUCUAUGCUGUUAUUACCUAAAGUUUUUUUAAGUUUCAGUUAUUGUUUUAGUUGUAUAACUGGUUAUUUCCCAACAAUGCCCAGUUUAUUUAAUAACUAAGGUUAUUUGAAUAUUUGGGACUCAUCUGGAGAAUCAUUACUAUUAGACAAAAAUAGCCAAUCUGGAAAUACAAUGGAUUUGGGGGGUCUAUUCCCCCAGUUUAGCUAUUUUGUCGUCGAAUUUGCAUUCCCUGGUGAGUUCCUGAUGAUGUUAAGUGAAUAAGCUUAGUAUGUCUUUUAUGUAUGUUUGCAUCCUUGUUAGCCGUUGAAUGGCUGUUUCUCACAGUGUCCUUUACUGCACAGCUGCCAAUCUGCAUACUGACAGUUUCAGAAUAAAUAGCAUAACAGGUAUAAAGAAAUUUAAUUUAAAAGAAUGUUUUAUUGCAAAUAUGAACAUAGUAGAGAAUAUCGAAGGACUUCAAAGUUUCUCAAAAUUAGGAAUUAUGAUAUGCUGCUGCAAUUCCCCCUUCAUGACAGGGCGGUCUUUCACCCCCAGAUAGAGCGGCCUUCAACCCCCAAACCUCUCCACUGUGAGUGAUAGAGAUACUUGGGACCCAGUCAUUACUCUGAUACAGGGCAAAAGGGGGUUAGUCUUUAUUUUAAAGUUGGUUGCCCUCUCAUUCUUAAUAAAACAAACCCUUCAAUUGCAGGUUUAUAGUGUGACCAGGGGGUCUAAAUGCAUUUUUAUGAGUGGGGGAGGAGAGGGGGGCUGGCAGUUCACUACACAUUAACCCUCCCUGCUCACUCACGAUUGCUGUGGAUGCUGGGGGCAGAUAUGCACAGCAUUACUAUUGUAUGUGCCUGUCAGCACUUCCCAACAUGCGUUCAUUGUCUGGGAGCAGUUUGGUAAAUUGCUGUGACUGACAGCUUCAGUCUAAGCUGUCCGUAUCGGCAUCUAUCGGUAGAUUGUGGUGUGCGUGUUUGCAGACUGUGAUCUAAAAUCCAUGACAGGCAGAGACUAUUACUUGUCCUAUGAAGGCAGUAUUAAUCGAUAGCCCAACAUCUCCUGCUCGGAAGUAAUUUUUGUACGGUAUGUAAUGUCCUCAGACAAGCAGCAGUAGAGUUCUGCCCAAGCUGGGAUGUGUUUCCACCUAUCAGAACUCUCUCAUUUGGGGUUUUUGGGAUCUGAAAUAAAAGGGUUAGUCCAAUCACCGUGACUUCUUCUGUGAUUAUUUAAAGUGGUCACGGUUAAGAAUAGACAGAUUCAGUUAUGCCAAAUAUCAGAUCCAAUAUUUAGCACAUUUCCGAUAAUCGGUAGGAGUCUUUCAAUUUACCAAUAUUACCAGUCACUGCAUACAAUCUUCCUUUUUCGGAAACUUCAGCUGCCAGCCAUGGAGGUGCCACAUUGCACCUCACGUCACCCCUUCACUGUGAGUACCUACAUGCGAAACUCUGCUGAAAGCAAGGAGGAGAGACCAUGAAUAAUCUACUGUAAUGUACAAGGCUGCCUGCCUGCCUGAGAGUGACAAGAGUGUGAUUCCUGUCAGCAUGUUGAGUUAAUGCCAGAUUUGUGUAGAAACUGUUGCUUUUGAAAAACUUUACAUGUACAGAUUAUCAGCACAAAAGGCCACUGAUAAUCCGUAUCCGCUCUGGUAUAAUAUCAUCUGUCGAUCCCUAGUCAUUGUGUCUGCAGUCUGUAUGUGCAGCACUAUGCACAUACAGAGUUUAACCACUUAGCUGCCAGAGGUGUAACUACACCUCCAGUGACGACUUUAGCCAGCUAAUGUCAACUCUGUGCAAAAUUGUCAUCUGACGCCAGCACACACAGCAUGCUGGAGCCCGGCAGCCAAUGGCGUCGUGGCCUUCGCUGACAUCUCUCCUUUAAUAAUAAACCCCACAAUAAACUUCUUAUACCAUAACCGAGACAGUAAGUUUCCAUUGUUAUGGUGAUGAAGGUUCAUUUUAAAGUUUGCAUGCAAUUAACUUCCACUUCCUGACUUUUUAUAUAUAUAUAUAUAUAUAUAUAUAAAAUUAAUCUUUUUAUAACCUUGCCACUCUAACUCCCACCAGAUCCAGCCAGCCAGAUAGGGCCAAUAUGACUUGCAUCGUACUGAAACUGGAAUAAACUUAUACAGGGAAAAUCCAAUUACACUUUGUAACCUGCUGGUCGUAAUCCAAACUAGAAUUUUCUUUCCCCACAAAAUUAAGUAAAACUUUUAAAUCAAAAAACACAAAACUUUUUUUUUAAUAAUUUAUCUAAAUAAAAGGAAAAAGCUACCAAGUGAUAGGUUGCCUUUCACGUCAUUUAAUUUUGAACUCUUCGUUAAUAUAUGCUUCAGAUAUAAAUCUUUUACAAUCUUUUAACCGUUUAUGGCAUUACUAGCCCAUGACUGCCAAUUUCAGCUCGUAAGAUUUCUUUUUUUUCCUGUUUGUCAUAUAAAGUGGAUUUAAUGUAUAUAUUAAAACUUAAGGAAACCAACAACUAAAAAAAAAUAAUCUUGGCACUACCUGUUGGGUCUGAAAAUAAAAUAAAAAACGUCUACUGUUUGAGAGUUAAUAACAGGCUGUACAAAGGGCAGAUUGCACGGUAUUUUAAUUUCUUAGGUCUGGUUUUCCCCUAUUCUAUCUAAAACUAAACAGGCUCACUUACUACAGCAUGACAUCAUAUACUUUGUAGAAUGUGUACAACAGUAGUAGACACGUAGAGUGCAUUGCAUGUGUCUUCCAAUGGGAAAUUCCAUCUCGGAAAUUCUCUGUGGGCUGGGCUGAAUGAGGAAUACAAAUGGAAAUAGCAGAUAGCAUGCUGCAUAUGGUACAAUCCUGGCAGGUAGACUGACACACAUACUGGAAGAUACAAGUAACUCUGUGAGUACAGUAUGCGUGUAGCAUGGAGCGAUUGUAAAUAAAUAUUCAGGAAGCGUAGAUCUUACAUUUUAUUCUGUAGGUCCAUGUGUCUGUAAUCCUGCCUUGUUCUGCUGUGCUGCGAAUAUGUAAUCUAUUUAUUUAUGAUGGGUCACGUCGUUUGAGGGGUCUGUUAGAUAUCUGAAACAUCAUCCAAGGAAUGUCAGAAAAUACUCAGUCUUUAGAUUUUCACUCUGGGCCUAGAAGUAGAAUUUAUGGAUGAGCAAAAAAAAAGUAAUUGUAAAGUUUAUUUUUUAAGUGUUGUUUUUUUUUUUUAUUUUACUAUUUUUUUAUUUUAUUUUUUGUAUAUAUGUUUUCAGUAAUAUAAUUACCAAAUUAAGGGGGAGACAUUUGUACUUUUUAGUUAAACACAGACUCGCUUUCUUAAAAGCAAAGUGUAAACAAGGUACACUUUUUAGAACAUUAAUGUGGAGCGUUUUCUAUUUGUUUACAAUUUAAAUCUUAAUAAUGCGAUUUUUGUCCAUUGCAUUUAUUUCCAGUAAUCCAGGCUGGGAUUAGCAUAUUAUCACUUCACAAUGAUUGACGCGUUCUUUACUUAAUACAUUAAUUUUCCUACUUAAAGAGGUGUAUCGUUUUAUCUCAGGUAUUGACUAAAAUGGAACCAUAUUUAAAUUUAACAUAACCGUGACAAAAAGGCAAAGUGGUAAUUGCUGAGAAUUUGCUAGAAUUGCUAGUGAAUCUUAAAUUUAAGGCCCGAAUGGAAGUAUAGUUGACAUAAUUUUCUUGUUCUGCUAUCUUGGCCUAAAAUUUUAAAUUCACUUGGUGUUCUCUGAAAUCUCACUUCAGUAAAUAAUCUUGAGAAUCUUGAUCUCUAAGACCCAUGUAAAGUAGCAUAAUUAAUAUUAUUAAUGUGUUAUAUAUUUUUUUUAUUUUUGAAGAUGAACUAUGUCCGCUUGUGAUGUACUAAGUUUGCAUGCCUAUUUAAAGCGUUAACAGGCAUGCUAAAAUUAGGAGUAUAGUGGUACAGCUAAGGUUAAUUGUAAGGGUUUAGUUUGGUUAGUAGUUAAUUAGAGAGAAUACAAUUGUCUGCUUUGAUUAGGUAAAUUGUGAGACCUGUGUGCUGUUUUGAUGUUUAUCUCACAUUUUGUUGCACUCUGUAUAACAGGUAUGAAAAGUAGAGAAGAUUGAGCUCCCUUUUACCAGCUGUUAAUGGUGCUGAGCCAGCCCAGAGUCCCGUUACUAUGAGUCUCAUGAAUACCAGGACCAGCUUAGACACAGGGGAUUCGGAGGACGCCUGCUGUGGAGCCAUGGCGAAUGCUUGUUGUAUCAACUCGAAGGAGGACAUUGUCAGCACCCCGGGCGGUACACCUGUUGGGAACCCAAUGAGUCUUGUGAUGGAAGAGGUGCAAGGAUAUGAUGUGGACUUUGAUCCUCCUCUCGAAAACAAAUACGAGUGUCCCAUCUGCCUGAUGGCACUUCGGGAGGCUGUGCAGACUCCUUGCGGUCACCGAUUCUGUAAAGCUUGUAUUAUGAAGUCUUUAAGGUGAGUCAUGUUCGCUCUGUAUUGAAUGCAUUUGUCAUUACGUUUUGAGUAACAUCCCAUACCUUUUACAAUUUAAGCUUGUUAAAGCUGUCAUCAACUUGUUUUCCUUUAUGUCCCACAUAUCAUGUAAUAUUUGUUUUUUGCCUCUCAUUGUAAAGUACUAAUCUAUAAGUAGAAUAUAUCGGGGUGUGUGUGAGUAUAUAAAAUAUUUCAGCGGGCAGAGGCAAUGUCAUACAUGCAGUUCAUUUACGUAAGGAAUAAUGCACAGAUGACAUUUGUGUAGUUUCAGGACCCUUAUUUCGGGCAGGACUGAGAGUUGUGGGAGUUAGGUUCCUGAGCAGCAGCUACCACAUUUUACCUGCGGCAGCUGAAAUAGCCCCUGCCAUGUACUGUAGCUCCCACUGAGAAUAAAGUCAUCCCAUUAACCUCUACACUACCAUUAACCUUAAAGGACCACUAUAGUGCCAGGAAAACAUACUCGUUUUCCUGGCACUAUAGUGCCCUGAGGGUGCCCCCACCCUCAGAGUCCCACUCCCGCCCGGCUCUGGGGAGAGAAAAGGGGUAAAACUUACCUUUUCUUCCCAGCUGGGCGGGGAGCUCUCCUCCUCCUCUCCGCCUCCUCUCCUCCCAUUCGGCUGAAUGCGCACGCGCGGCAAGAGCUGUGCGCGCAUUCAGCCUGUCUCAUAGGAAAGCAUUUCCAAUGCUUUCCUAUGGACGCUUGCGUGUUCUCACUGUGAUUUUCACAGUGAGAAUCACGCAAGCGCCUCUAGCGGCUGUCAAUGAGACAGCCACUAGAGGAUUUGAGGGCUGGAUUAACCCAUUUAUAAACAUAGCAGUUUCUCUGAAACUGCUAUGUUUAUUAAAAAAUGGGUUAAUCCUAGAGGGACCUGGCACCCAGACCAUUUCAUUAAGCUGAAGUGGUCCUAGUGCCUAGAGUGGUCCUUUAAGCAUUCACUCUGCAUACUGUCACUGAGGUACACAACUACCUUCAGACUCUAAAUUGUAGUUUAAUGACACAGCACAGUGAGGAUUUUAUGGCACUUGACAGGGCUGACUUUCUACUCCCCAAUAGCUAGUGGGCACGUGGAAAAUUUCAGCCAUGUGUGUUUAUUUUGAAUCGGUAGCACUCACUGGACAUUUAGUUGAAAAAUCAGGUUUCGUCCUGGCCGUGUGGAUUGUUGAGAAAGAUUCUUUGCUUAGAUGACCGAUACUGUGUAUCUACAAAAAGGACUCCUCAUAGGCAGUUUUUACAUCUUUUAACACUUCUGAAAACUCCUGGCUUAUACAAAAUAUGGAGAUUUGGUUAUACUGUAUGAAAGCUAUACUUUAAUUUUUGGGAUUUUUCCUUUUUUAUUUUAUAUAUAUUUUCCUACCAAGACCCAACAAAAUAACUUUUUUUGGGGGGGGGGCGGGGAAGGGGAGAUCUUUCUUCUUGCGGCCAUAUUUCUUUGGCUCCUGGAGACUUCAUCUGCCAGGAUUGUUUUCACUACUGCAUUCUCGCGCAUAUGCAAGAGUGUAAAAUGAGGUCUAUGGAGGAGCUCUUGAAACUGUGAGGUCUUCCAUAGCUUUAUUCAGACUUACACUUGACUUGUCCUAUCAGCAAUCAUGACAGAAGGCUUAUGGGAAACGGUGGUGAAAACUGCUCACUUUGGCAAUGAUUGGAAGAUACAUAUGGAAACGCAUUCCCUUCUUUGUCUCAUGUAUAUUUUUUAUUUGCUUUGGAAUUUGAAAGAAUUUCCAACAUGGAAAAAAGAGCUUUUCAUGCAGAUCUUUAUAAAGAGGUCAAAUGUGGCAAAUCGACUUUAAGUACACAGUGUGUACAACAUUAGAUCUUGUGUCUGACCAUUAAUGCAAAAUGAUUUUCUGUGAAUUGAGGGACAUUGACAAUUGAAAUUGAAAUUCUGGCAUAUAAAAGUAGAAAUUACUGCUCAUUUUUCAAGCUUCCGUUUAUACAGCACCUAUCAGCAACCAUACAAUAUUGUCUUCUGCCUGCUCCUCAGGUGCCAUAUUGUUACUGUCGGCCUCUGGGCAAUCUAUCUCCAGUAUCCGCAUUAAUAAAGAAAGGUGCAAUUUUAUGUCUAAGAGAAGGCAAUCCACGUAAUCCAUAAAAACAAAAUUCACUUUAUUUCCCAAAUGUUGUUAUAUUAUAAAAAGAAUGUAUGUGCAAAACAAAUCAUAGGCCUACAGAAAUAAAGGGGGCCAUAGAUCAAUCUAUUUGUUUCAUAUAAUUAUACUAUAUCAAGUCUAACCUCACCAUUUUAACACCAGUUCAGUUACAAAGUGUAUGAAUAGCUUGUAAUUCAAAUCCUACUUCAGAGGAAAACACCUCUGCGUGAUAUUUCUUAUCUCUGUUUAAGAGCGCAGAGUGAUGAUAUCAUUAUAUAUAAAGUGAACACAUAGUUAGACAAUGUAUAAAAUUAUAUGAUCGUAUACAAAAUGUGCAUAAUAUUAAUAAUAAUAAAGCGAUACACCUCACAAAAAGUGUUAGACCAAUUAGCGUGCUUUAAAAACCAGGCUAAAACAUGCAAAACUGUUCUAUACAAUUUUACAUCAAUCUUAAUGUGCAUAAUCUGGAGAGAGAAAACAUGGAGCCUGUAACAAGGUGAACACAAAUGUAAGAUUUCUAGCUAACAAGUGAAAAUGCAUGUCCAGAAUGAAUAAUUUGGAAAAUGUCACUCAUUGUGCCCCAGCAAAAAUAAAGUAAUUUUCCAGAUACUCUAAUCGUGGUACCCAUUCUCCUACACAACCAAUUCUGUUUAAAGUAAACCUCCAAAAAAAGGAAGAGAGAAACAUAUGAACAGCAUGCCAUGUUGUCAUAAGGGGAAUAUCAUCGCCAUAUGUCUGUGUAAAUUACAGUAUGAAGUUAAAGUAGCGUUCCGAGCUCUGUAACCAUUUAAAGCAUGCACUGUAGUAGUUAUGGUGUUAGGAGUGCCCUGGAGCCCCCUUCCAUUGUAAUGAAUGGCUUUUUACCUGAGGACCUGCCAGGCUCUGCUCCCUGAAUCCACUACUCCAGCCAAAGAGCUGGAGAUCCUGUUUAGGGACUUCCACUAGCUCUGCUGAGCUAAGACCUGCAUUCAGCUGAUAUCUCUCAACCAGCGAGCUAAUCCCGGCACUACCGGGCUCAGCACAGACAGAGAGCUUCUGGUAGGGGAGGUGGGGAGCGGUGUCCAGUGGAUCACAGGUAAGAAGGCAAACUGUUCUAGAACAGUUUGACUACCUACGGGGGAUAAUACAUCAUGUGGGGACUGGGGCUUUAUUUUUAUUCAUGGUUUUUAGUCACCAGCAUAUUUAUUUCAGUAUGAUUGUUAUAUGAUUUGCUUCGCUGUCUAACUCACAUUAUGUGUGUACAAGACUUUUGCACAAAUGCUUUUCAGCUUGUAUGUACGCAUCAAAUGCCUUUCAUUCUGCACCCAAACAAAUCAAUCUGCCUGGGAUUUACCUGUGGAUUCUUAUUCAACAAAUACGACUCCACAGGUUAAUCCUGGACUUCUCAAUUCAUCUAGGCGCAGAUUGAAAUGAGUUUGAUUCUUUUCGCACACAAGCUGAAUCGCGUGUGUGCAUUUAGCAUUUACCCUUUGUCUAAUGAUAUAAUCACCACUCUGUUCUCUUAUUAAUGAUAAGGGUUGAUAGUAAGCAAAAGGUGUUUUGCCUCUGAACCAGGACUGGAAUUAGUACAGCAAUUAGUACACCAAUGGGCCAGUGCUACAACUUAAAAAUGAUAUGAAACCUGUAGAUUUAUAGCGAACCAUUGAUUACUGAUGAAUUAGCUUACGUAGAUUGUCUGCGUUACGGAAUUGACCUUUUCAAAUAGUAAAACGGUAAAUUUUCACCAAUUCAGCUUCUUUUCCAUCUUUGCUGUUGUGACCUAGAAUUUGCAAUUCACAGUUUAGUGAAUAACCCCAAAUUUUGGUGCCUUUGUGUUAAAGGAAAGGCAUGUGUUUUUCCAUCUUAUUGCAAAAGGGGGGCGGGGGAGUCCAACUCCAGCAUAUAUAAUUUCAUGCAGUGGAAACAAUUUGUGUACCUGCUAUGUUGGCUUCAUUCUGUUUUUAUUACGUACAGCUGGGGGUGCACAGGAAGUACAUGGGAAGCAGGGUGGUUGCCAAAUUGUUCUCUACGGCUUAAAAAGGAAAUGGAUGCACAAUGUAAUUUCAAAAUGGAAAAUUCCUUAUUACAAAAAUCAGUUCUCCAUUCUUUUUUUUUUCUUUUUUUUUUUUUUACGUUUUUAUCUCAUCAACCUGAACAUUUGUCACUUUUAUAUAGGCAGUCUAGUCGACAUGCUCACCUCACGUGCCACAUCCUGUUUGGAAGCAGAAAAUCAUCAUAAACCUGUAGAAUUACUACCAAAUUACCCAUUUGCAGCCAAUACAAUCUGUUUUCUUGCAUCCCUUCUGAUCUGUAAUAAUUGGUGUUGCAUCCUAAACUGUCAAUGCACCUUUUAAUGUUGAUGCAUUUAUUUACAUGGGGGAAAUUUUUAUUCCUAACUUAAAGGGACACUAUAGUCACCAGAACCACAACUGCUUAAUGUAGUGGAUAUGAUACCUAUAGCCUGUCACUGCACUGUCAGACAGUGUUUAUAUUGCUGGCUAGUAACACCUCUAGUGGCAGAUUUGAAUCUAUUUUAGUCUAUUUUAAUGCAGUACUUGCAUUCAGUGUAUCCACAAUCUGCAUGGAUACACUGAAUGUUCCCCGUAGAGAUGCAUUCAUUCAAUGUAUCUUUUUGAGGCGAUGCUUAUUGGCGCAGCAUGGCAUUUCUUUCGGGAGAAAUAUCUUUUUCAGCACUAUGUUAGGAAUUGCAUAUUUUGAUUUAUAUUUUAACACUCAAAGCACUUAAACUUGCUAAAGUGCUCUAAGGUUGAUACCUGCCCCUGCAAAUUUAAGAGAUUUUUGGCUGAUUCAGAGCACAGACAGGUUUGUGCAGAUAAAGGUACAUUGAGGAAGAUUUCUGCCAGAUCCAUGCAUUGGAUCAAGAGAUCAGCUGCUAAAAUACCAUUACAUAGCAGCAAACAGAUUUUUGAAGCUGCUGGUGCCUCUGGAGUCCCACGGACAUCAAGGUGUAGAGUUCUCCAGAGUCUUGCAACUGUGCAUAAACCUUCUACUUGGCCACCACUAACCAGUGCUCACAAGCAGAAACUGCUGCGUUGGGCAGAAAAAUACAUUAAGACUUAUUUUCAAACAGUCCUGUGCCGUGCAACCCUGGAUGGUCCAGAUGGAUGGAUUAGUGGAUGGUUGGUGGACGGCCACGCUAUUCCAACAAGGCUGCGACAUCAGCAAGGCGGUGGUGGUCAUGUUUUGGGCCGGAAGCAUGGGAAGAGAGCUGGUCAGCCCCUUUAGGGUCCCCGAAGGUGUAAAGAUGACCUCUGCAAAGUAUGUGGAGUUUCUGACUGACCACUUUCUUCCCUGGUACAGAAAGAAGAACUAUGCUUUCUGUAAUAAAAUCAUCUUCAUGCAUGACAAUGCACCAUCCCAUGCUGCAAAGAAUACAUCUGCAUCAAUGGCUGCUAUGGGGAUAAAAGGAGAGAAAGUCAUGGUGUGGCCUCCAUCCUCCCCUGACCUCAAUCCUAUUGAGAACCUUUGGAGCAUCCUCAAGCAAAAGAUCUAUGAGGGUGGGAGGCAGUUUACAUCCAAACAGCAGCUCUGGGAGGCUAUUCUGACAUCUUGCAAACAAAUUCAAGCAGAAACUGUCCAAAAACUCACAAGUUCAAUGGAUGCAAGACUUGUGAAGCUGCUAUCAAAUAAGGGGUCCUAUGUUAAAAUGUAACGUAAUCCAGCUUCAUCCAGUGUUUAAUUUAAUAAAUAAAAAACACUCACACCCAUGAUUCCCAUAUACCAUGUGUUUUGGUUUUUUUUGUGUGUUUAUUUUUUUUAUUUUAUGUUUGUGAUAUCCAGGUCGGGGCGUAUAGUAGCCCACUAUAACUGUGUUUUCUUAUCGUGUCUAUCUUAUUUUCUAAUUCUCCAUUUUGAUAGGAUGACCGAUUGGGGACUGGCUGUGAUAGUCAAGCCAGUUCAUUAUGAUGUUGUGUUGCUGAGUAGGAAAAAUACCAGAAAAUGGGAAAUUAAAAAGAAUGUGGUUUUUUUUUUGUUUGUUUUUUUUGUAUCACAUGCAUUAUCAUAAAAACAUUCCUGCAAUGUCAAUUUAAGCACUGUUUCCAGUUUUAUUUGAGUUGUUUGUUUUAUAGUUUUGAAACUAAUAAUUUCUUUAUAGUAACUAACGUGUAUGUUUGCAUAUAUUUGUGCUCGCCGGGGCAGAGUUUUUAGGCUAAUGGAAAUUUUGAGCCAUAUGUAUGUGGGUUUACAAAGCUUCCUUUAAAUAUAUAUAUUUUUAAUUUUAACACUUCUCCUCUUCGCUACUUUCUCCUCUUUAGUGAUGCAGGCCACAAGUGCCCAGUAGACAAUGAGAUUCUACUAGAAACCCAACUUUUCCCAGAUAACUUUGCGAAGCGUGAAAUUCUGUCACUAACGGUGAAAUGUCCAAGUGAUGGCUGCACUGCAAAGAUGGAACUGCGACACCUAGAGGUAAGAGGAGUAAGCAGUAUAUCACUCAAAAUGAAUGUGUAAGUAAACCUGACUAUCUAAAGCAGUGGGGUUCCCAGAUCAGUCCUCAUGGCCCAGCAACAGUUCGGGUUGUAUGUUGUUUUUUUUUUCUAUUCCAAUGGAGAUACUAACAAAACCUGGACCAGUGUUGGGUCUUGAGGGGUCAUGGGAAGCACUAAUCUAAAGUGUUAGGUUCUGAUUAAUUAUGCCAAGCCAGGUGGCAUAAUUGAGUUAAGCAGUAAAGCUAUAAAGGCACGAUCUAAAGACUAAAACUGCUUCAUUUUGAUGCCUGUUGUAUCCCUUUAAUUCUAGUGGCUCUAUUUUUAUAUAUAUAUUGUCUAGAAAUUAUUUAUACAUGUUUGUUUUUGCAGCAUCAUAAAAUGAAAUGUGAGUUUGCCACAGUGGACUGCAGGCAGUGCCAGAAACCCUUCCAAAAGUUCAACCUGGAUGCGCACAUGAAAAUGGAUUGCCCGAGGCGGCAAGUGUCCUGCACAAAUUGUGCCCAGCAAGUGCCAUAUGAGGACAUGAUGGUAAGCUCUGAUGACAUGAGGAAGAGGCUGAUAAACAUGUAAGAAAACCUUUUUUCAAGUCUUAUCAUGUGGCCCAGAAUGGUGAUAUCCGUAAGCAAGCAUCCUAGAAGUCUUUCUCGGCUCCUAUAAUAAGAUCUAUCAUUGCAGAGAUGUAGAUCCAUAGCAUAAAUAUGAGAGAAGUUCAGGUUUUUAAUUUUUUUAUUACUUAGCUGGUGGCCAAGCUGUGCAGCAGUAGAGAGGUAUUCAUUAUGACGCUUAUGACGGCAAGACGUUCUGAUUCUAAGGCUCAAAAUGUGGUUGAUGCUCCGUUUAGGCGGCAAAUGUCUAAUUUCUAUGUCUAAACUGUAAGCAAUAUGCAGCUUUCUGGAAGAAAGUUUUAAUUCAGCUAGAUCAUCCAUCCUAAUUCCUGUGACUUUCUUCCAACAUUGCAUCCUACAAGGCAUUGUCUCAAGAGAGGCCUACUUACCCCAUUUAGUUGAAACCAUUAAAGGAACAAUAUAGUAUCGGGAAUACAAACAUGUAUUCCUGACACUAUAGUCCUGAAGUGGCUGUUUAGGUGACCGACCCCCUCUCUUUGCACUAAAAAGAUGAGUUUACUUACCCUUUUCUCCAGCACCGGUCUUAUGCGCAGCAAUAUGCCACACUGCGCCAAACAGCAUCUCUUCAUAGAGGAGCAUUGAAUCAGUCUAUGGAAAAUGUUCAGCCUCCCUUGCAGAGCAUGGAGACGCUGAACACUAGUACUGCACACUGUGUAGCACUGACACAGGAAGAACCUCUAGUUGCCGUCUGAAAAGGCAGUGUUAACUGUAGGGACAUGCUAUAGACACUAGAACCACUACAUUAAGCUGGCAUUACUGGUAACUAUAGUGUCCCUUUAAAAGUUUUCACUUGUUGGAUGGUUUUGUUUAGAUAAGUGGUCACUUCUUCCUCAGCAAAGUGACAAAUCCCAUAGUCCAAUGGCUGGAAGACACAAUAUCUACUAUUAUUUUGUAACAUUGACAUAGAUCUUUAAGAAUUCAUGUAUUUUGUAAUUCACUCUGUAAAAUUUGUAUAAUUGCAGCAGCAUGAUCAGAACUGCCCUCUCGCUUAUGUGACCUGUGAAUAUUGCCAGGAGAAUCUCAUCCGAGAUCAGGUAAGAGGUUUAGACCUCUCUCUUCUCUCAACGUUUGUUCUGGGCUGAGCUUUAACAUUUUAAAUAUCAAUGCAACUAAAUGUAUGGGCUGAAUCUAAAUAGAGAAGAGAACACUAUAGCGUUAGGAAUACAUAGAAUGUGACAGCAGAUAAGAACCAUUCAGCCCAUCUAGUCUGCCCAAUUUUCUAAAUACUUUCAUUAGUCCUCGGCCUUAUCUUAUAGUUAGGAUAGCCUUAUGCCUAUCCCACGCAUGCCUAAACUCCUUUACUGUGUUAACCUCUACCACUUCAGCUGGAAGCCUAUUCUAAACAGUUGGCAGAAAGUAUCCUUACCCCAGCUCUUCCAAAUAAGUGAAAGAAAUAUGGUAUAGCAUAAAUUAUAUCCAGAAAUAAAGUGGAAUCCAUUUUUUGUGCAUUCUGAAUAUGAAUGCAAUUUUGGUUACUUUCCUAGACACACUAAAUUGGAAUCCAUUGGUUGUUUUUAGCAAAUAACUUUAUAUCCAACGUCCUGUUCGAACAUAGCUGACUGUAGGUGACUUUUCUCACUCUCACAGCAAGGCAAGUGUCACUGCAGUGUAGAUACAGUAAAGAAAUAAAACCAAGUUAACCGGGUAUACUAAGCUUUAGUCUUUGUGCUGAGUAAGUUUGUAUUUUGUAAUGACAAAGGAAAGUGGCUUUACUUGAAUUCUUUAUUCCUCUUUUCAAAAGCUUUGUCUGUGUCUAAACCAAUCACAGGAUUUAACCAAUGGAUUUCCCCUUUGACGGUUUUUUUUUUUGGGGGAGGGGUGGUGUCAGACUGCUUUCAACUUCGUUCAGUAAUUCUGUUUAGUCUAAAUGUAGUAAUAAUUAUAGAAAUGUCUAUUUAGAACCAAGCAGUGUCUUCAGAUCUCUGUAAUUCUGCAUAAAAGUUAGGUUUCAGUUUUCAAGAAGGAAUACAUAGCAGGUAAUCUGGUUAAUACAUUCACAUAUGUCUCUCUUAUGGGAUUCCACAUGCAGCGUGAUUACAAAUCCACAUGUCUGUAAAUUACUGUGUUUUUAUAUAUUUAUUUUUUUGUCUUUCUUUUUAGCUCCAUAAUCAUUGUGCUAUGGAUUGUGAAAUGGCCCCAAUUACCUGCACAUACAGUCAGUUUGGAUGUACAGCAAAGGUACCUUUAGAAAUCUUUAUAUAGUUUACAUUGAUGGAUGUACAUCUAAGGAGUAAUGUGGUUUUUGGGUUUUUUUGUGUGCAUUUUUAUUUUAUGUAAAUAGGUUUUUAGUUUUGUCGUUUUUAUAUAGAUAUAUGUAUAUACAGAAUAGUUUUUCUUUGUAGUGCAAAAUUUACAAACACAAUAGUUGAAAAAUGGGGACAUCCAGAAUAUUCCAAAAUAUUUUAAAGAAACGAGAGCAAACCCAUAACAAAUCUUCAAAAAGUUGACUUAUUUUGGAAAUGAAUUUUCUUUUUCUUUUUUCUUUCCUCUUCUUUCACGCUGUAGCCUUAUGCUAUAAUUGUUUUCAUUAUUUUGUUAUUUGUUUCACAUCAGUCAACACUCAAUACUCCAUAAUGAUAAGUCGUGUGUGAGAGGGAGGACUAGAUUUUUUUGUUUUGUUUUGUUUUUGUUUUUUAAUAGCAUUCUAGGAUAAUCUAAAAAUUUUAGAUGAAAUGUCUCCCUCUGUCUUUUAAUACCAUGGUAUGCAUUUCUACCUUAGUAACAUUACAGCCAAAUUACUAUCAAUUCCAUCUAUGACGCUCUUUACUCCCCUCCCCCUCCCCUCCAAAAAAAAAGGGUCACUGCGAGGGAGUAGCAGGAUCUUGGAGCAGGUUUUUGAUGCUAAACUAAAUUAACAAAUAAUUAAAAAAAAAAAGCUUAACACAUUAAAUUGUCAGCCUGUUAUGGUGGUUGUUCCCCUAGCCUGCCCCCUUGCACAAUCCCCAGUUCUUUGUCAAGCCACCUUUUAACUGUAUGACACAUACAAAGUUCCCCAGAUUCCCCUACUCCGGCCCCCUGCUCGAAUAAUUGUAUUUCAAAAACUCUCUCUCAAGUGUUUUGAAACAAAACUAAGGAGAUGUCACCAUUGACAUAGCAAAGUCAAGGGUCAAUCCUGCUAUUUGUGUUUCUUCUCCCCAAAGCGGUUCCUUGCCAAGGAUGUUUUAUAAUAGUAAAUGUAUAGGGACCCAUUCAUUUUCAUAUUAAAAUAUCUGCUUUACAUGAGUAGGCUAGUAUAUACUAAAAGAACCUGUUCACUAAAAAAAUGAAGUGAAGGAAACUGCAAUAUGCAGCAAACUUGGGGGAAAAAAGAGGUUCUAUUUCUAGUUUCGCUAUUUUGCAUUUAGUUUGCAAAUCCACCACAAUUCACUUUUUAUGGCGUUAUUCACGGAACUGAGAAUUGUCAGAAAUAUUCUCCAAGUCUGCUGUGCUUCCAGUUUGGCUACUUACUUAAAGGACCACUAUAGGCACCCAGACCACUUCAGCUCAAUGAAGUGGUCUGGGUGCCAGGUCCCCCAGGUUUUACCCCUGCAGCUGUAAAUGUUUACACUAGGGUUAAUUCAGCCUCUAGUGGCUGUCUCACUGAUAGCCGCUAGAGGCACUUCCGCAAUUCUCACUGUGAAUAUCAGUGAGAAGACGCUGGACGUCCAUAGGAAAGCAUUGAGAAAUGCUUUCCUAUGGACUGUCUGAAUGCGCGCACGGCUCUUGCCGCGCAUGCGCAUUCAGCGCGUACGUCGGGAGAGGAGGAGAUUUGCCCAGCGCUGGAGAAAGGUAAGUGUCUAACCCAUUCAGCCCAGCGGGAGUGGGAACCUAAAGACCCUAUAGUGCCAGGAAAACGAAUUUGUUUUCCUGGCACUAUAGUGGCCCUUUAAUACAGAGCCCUGGUGACUAUGCCCUGUGGUUACCACAGUGCUAGCGAAUUUAGUGAUACACUUGCUCUUGCCUGGUUUCUUGUCACUGUUGUCUCCAUAAAUGGAACACCAGAGGACAAAAUGCUGCUUGUGAUAUUGCAUGUUUGUAGGAAUGAUGCCUGAGGAGUUGCUUGUAAGAUGGAGUUUUGGGAGGAGUCUACUUGUGGGAUCUAAUUUAAGGAUGGGGCUCUAUGUGGUGAUGUGGGCGGGGUAGGGCCUUUAGUGUAUGUGGAUAUGAGCAUUUGUGUGGUGUUUAAUACUGGCUAUAGUGUGUAGAGGGGUACAUAGGACAAGUAGUGUGUGCAUAUGACAAGAUAAGGGCUGAAGGGUUUUGGAGGUAAGGACUGUAGAGGGGGAAAGGGGCUGUAGUGCUUGGCAUGUUAAAAAAUAACAGUGAUUUAGUUCAGAUCAUAGGUGAUUUACUGUGGGGGUUAAAGGCAGUAUUGGUGGAUAUGGGCUUUUGGUUAGGCAUAAAAACAUAGUUUAUUACCCUCUCCAAAUGCCAUGGAGGGGAUGGAGUUAAUCCCUGGUUGUCCAAUGGGCUGAUUAUUUGGUUUGCACCCCCAGCGGAUUUAGACCACAUGUACGACUCCCUCAUGGCAUAUGACAGUCAGUAAGGAAUCAGAGCAUUGCUGUGGUAUUACACGGUAAUGCUCUGAUCCACUACAGAGAGUGAUUCAGACAGUCUGCAUCAGUUGAAGAUGCAGUUCAUAAGCGGACUAGGCAACCCCAUAGCACCUCACAGGGUGUUUGCUUCAGAUACCAUUUGCCUCUGCUAGCGGGUUCCUCACCAGGCAUGUGCUACGUUUCUGGGAGGCACUAUAGCCGCUACAGCCAUAUUUUUAACAAAUGUAUACAUUGCGCCACAUUUGUGGGCGCUUAGAGUGUCCCUAUAAAAGAAGUAUGUAAAAUCAGUCUGUGGAUUGAUGACUAGAGUAGAUUUGAACUUCACUGAUAGAUAGAUAUAACAUGUCAGCCAUUUAUUGUUGCACAUGGUAGAUGCAAUGCUGGUUUCCAUUUAAUAUAUGCAUUUUAUUUUUUAUGUUCUUCAGAUGCAGCGGAAUGAGCUGGCUCUUCAUCUGCAGGAAUUCACCCAGGCUCAUAUGCAGAUGAUGGCACAUACAGUGUUCAACAUCAGCAGCAGUCUUACCCCUACAAGCCCUCUAUCCAACCUCUCCUUUACAAACUUAGGAGCAUUUCAGCCUGGUCCUCCCUCUGUGCUUCCGGUCCCUUCAUCCCUUCUGUCACAUCAGCAUGACUGCAGCCAGGAGACACAGCACUUGAGGGAGACCAUCGACCAGCUGGAGGGGCGCUUGGUGAGACAGGAUCAUCAGAUUCGAGAACUAAUCGCCAAGAUGGAGACACAGACCAACUAUGUCACAGAACUUAAACAAACAAUACGAUCCCUGGAGGACAAAAUGGUAGAAGUAGAGGCUCAGCAUUGCAAUGGCAUCUUUGUAUGGAAGAUUGGUAAUUUCAGUACACACCUGAAAAACCAAGAGGAGGACAGACCAGUGGUAAUACACAGCCAAGGGUUUUACACUGGUAAGCCUGGAUACAAGCUCUGCUUAAGACUGCACCUUCAGCUUCCCAGUGCGCAACGCUGUUCCAAUUAUAUCUCCCUCUUUGUUCACACCAUGCAAGGAGAGUAUGACAGCCUCCUUCCUUGGCCUUUUCAGGGAACCAUACGUCUUUCCGUUCUUGACCAGUCUGAAGGCUCUGUUCGACAGGAUCAAGAAGAGGUGAUGGAAACUAAGCCAGACCUUUUGGCUUUCCAGAAGCCCACAAGUUUUCGCAACCCUAAGGGAUUCGGCUACGUCACUUUUAUGCACAUUCAAGCACUGAAGCAGCGGCAGUUUUUAAAAAAUGACACUCUUCUAGUACGCUGCUCUGUCAUCACACACACAGAAGCAAAUAGCCUGCGUAGAGAAGGAUUUAAUCCACGCAGUUCAGAUGGAACACUAUGA